AUGCCCCCGCGACGCGCUCCGGAAGAUGAGCAGCGAGCCCCACCUGUGAAUAACAAUGGGGUUGAUUUUGCUCAAUUUCUACUAGCUCUCCAAGGCUUUAUGCAGCAACAACAAGAUGGUGGCAUGAAUGCUGGACAACCUCGAGUAAGGAAUUUUGAAAUUAUUGAACAGUUUCGAAGGAUGGGUCCACCAAGAUUUAAGGGAACCGAAGGGCCUGAAGACACGGAAGAAUGGAUUCGUGAGCUCGAACGAAUAUUUGAGCUUAUGGGCUGUAGUGAAGAGCAAAAAGACUUCAAGGAGCUGAUAAUGGAUCGCUAUUUUCCUCAAUCCUACAUAACACAAAAGGAGACCGAGUUCCUCAAUCUCAAGCAAGGAAAUAUGACGCUAGUCGACUAUGAGAGAAAAUUCAACAAAUUGUCUCGAUAUGCACCAUACCUAGUCGACACGGAUGUGAAGAAAGCGCGUCGGUUCGAGCAAGGCUUACGACCUGAAAUUUGUGGAAUAAUAUCCGCCUUGAGAUUGCCAACUUAUAGAGAAGUUAUCGACCGAGCUCAAGCAGUCUCCAAUGGCUUGCAACUCGAGAUCAAAGAUCAACAAUACCGUGACUCAUUCGGAAAGAGAAAAUGGGAAGAUUUUGGAAAAGGGAAAAAUGCUCCAACAAACAAGAAAUGGCAACCAACACGUGGUUCUUCAACAGGAUCUGCAUCAUCCAAAUCAAGCAAUGAGAAGUCUCAAUGCCCAAAGUGUAAUAAAUUCCACAUAGGCGAGUGUUGGCGUGGGAAGAACGUCUGCUACUCCUGCGGCGAUCCAGGACACAUGUCAUAUAACUGUCCAAAGAACAAGAAGGAGACGCAAAAGAAUAUUCAAGAGCCUAUGAAGAAAGUGAAGCCCCGAGUCUUUGCCAUGACAUGA